AGCCAUUUUGGCUCAAGAGCCGCUCCUCGGGCGCGCGCGGGCGCGGGCUCGGCGCGUGGGAGGCGUUUCUGGGCGCGGUGGCGACGGUCGGCUGCACGGCUGCCUGUGAGACGGCGGAGCGGCCUGGGUGCGAGGCUGGGGGUUCCCUCUGGCCUGCGCGGAGGGCGCGGCGGGCGGCUGCGCAGCAGGCGGCAAGCGGGCGGCUGUCUGCCGCUCCGAGCCGCAUCUCGGGGCUCGAGGCCACCAUUGACGCCUCGCGGGCCCGCGUCGCUGCUGAGGAAGCUCGGCACGUGGCGGCAGCGGCCCAGGCGGUGCGCCUCGCGGAGGAUGAGGGCGACAUCGCGGAGCCGAAUGCGGCGCUCGCGGGCGAGCUCGUGGCCAGGAUGGCGCUCGCGGCGCCGAUCCUGGAGGGCGUCCUGGCUGGAGAGCCCGACGGCGCAGGGAAGGCCGUGCGAACCCUGCGCAAAGCGCGGCGUAACACGGGCCUGCACUGCGCAGCCGCGCCAGCCGCCGCCAUCAGCCUGGCGGAGCUGCCGCAGCUCAACCGCUGGCAGCGGCUGGGCGGAAGCAGGCAUGGCGGCAGCAGGCGGAGGCUGGGUAGCAGGCGCGGGUGCCGUGCGGCCGCGCCGCCGCUGCACCGUCGGCAGCCUGAGGCCGAGAGCGAGGAGAGGAAGGACAUGGAGGGCUCGGUGGAGUCGGAGUGCGACGAGCUGGAGGACACUGGAGGCUCUCCUGAGGGAGCGCCGUGCGGCGGGGCCUUGGGUGGGGAGGCAUGCCACACCGGCGCCGGCGUUGGCGGCAGCAGCGAGGAGAAGAAGGACAGGGAGGACGAGGUGGACUCAGAGUGCGAAGCGCAGGAGGACACUGGAGGCCGUCCUGAGGUUGCGCAGGGCGUCGAGGCCGCGAGCGGGGGGACCUGCCACAUCGGAUCCGACGAAGGCAACAGAUGCGAGGACAGGAAGAACGGGGAGGACGAGGUGGACUCGGAGCGCGGCGCGGAGUGCCACGUGCUGGAGGACGCCGGAGGCUUUCCUGAGGGAGCGCUGGGCGGCGGGGCUUUGGGCGGGGAGACCUGCCACAUCGGCACCGACGCAGACGACAGCAGCGAGGAGAGGAAAGACAGGGUGGACGAGGUGGACUCAGAGUGCGAUGCGCUGGAGGACACUGGAGGCCUUCCCGAAACUGCGCAGGGCGUCGAGGCCUCGGGUGGGGUAACCUACCACAUCGGCUCCGACGUAGGCAACAGCUGCGUGGACUGGAAGGGCGGGGAGGACGAGGUGGACUCGGAGCGCGGCGUGCUGGAGGACACUGGAUGCCGUCCCGUGAGUGAGCUCGAAGCCACACCUGUGGUGGAGGCGAGCGCGUGAGCGAGUGCGCGAGGCGGGCAGUUGCAUUUUGCAUGUAGAUCUGUUCUCGCAUAGUGGUGCGGCCGCGGUGGAGGCCCAGUGCGGCCCCGCGGGGAGAGGCGGCCCUAGGCGGCCCCUCUCGGGAGGGCGUGUCUCGGGCGGCGCUUGGUGCCCCUGGAGGCCCCAUCGGUCCCUUUCUUUCCUUCCCCCCUCUUGCCUUGAAGGCCCCGUCUUUAACCUUUAACCUUUUAACACAUAGGAGCACGGCAAAACCCA